UCUAAAAUUAGAGCGAUGAGGAAGAAGAGAAGGGGACGGCCCCUUAUAGAGCUUGAGACUCUGAGUUUGCGACCAGGGUUAGCAAACUGGCAUUUUCUCUCUCCCGUCUCGGAAUAUCGGAUUACUUUAGCAUCGUCGCGACGGUGCGCGCCAUCCAGCUUAUUUAAUUUCGACUCUUCUUCUCGUUUCUUUUUCAUUCCCCGCAAGCACUUUGAACAUCCGGCAACAUGUCUGACGACGAGGACCAAUAUUCCGGCGAGGAGGAAGUCGAGGAUGUGUAAGGGUAGGGCGUCCCAAAAGGAAUCUGGCGAGAGUAUCGAGUUUAUGAAGAAACAAGAACAAAAAAGGAGUGAACUCGACGAACAACUGAAAGAAUAUAUAGCGGAAUGGCGAAAGCAGAGAUCCAAGGAGGAGGACGAGUUGAAGAGAUUAAAGGAGAAACAAGCAAAGCGCAAGGUCACCCGCGCGGAAGAGGAGAAGAGAUUGGCUCAAAAGAAGAAGGAAGAAGAGGAACGUCGUCAACGUGAAAUCGAGGAGAAGAAACAACGUGACAUUGAAGAGAAGAGAAGGCGCCUGGAGGAAUCGGAAAAGAAGCGUCAGGCUAUGAUGCAAGCGGUGAAAGAACAGAGUAAAAAGGGUCCCAACUUUACUAUCACUAAAAAAGAUCUUUCGGGUAAUCUUACAUCGGCGCAAAUUGAACGCAACAAGACGAAGGAGCAGCUCGAGGAGGAAAAGAAAAUUUCCCUCAGCAUUCGCAUCAAACCCUUGGAGAUCGAGGGCAUGUCGAUCGACAAGCUCCGUACUAAGGCGACCGAAUUGUGGGAGAGCAUAGUAAAACUUGAAACUGAGAAGUACGAUCUAGAAGAGAGACAAAAACGUCAGGAAUAUGACCUUAAAGAGCUGAAGGAACGUCAAAAGCAACAACUGAGGCACAAAGCUCUGAAGAAGGGUCUCGACCCUGAAGCUUUAACUGGCAAAUAUCCCCCGAAAAUCCAAGUCGCUUCGAAGUACGAACGUCGCGUCGAUACCCGAUCCUACGACGACAAGAAGAAACUCUUUGAGGGCGGCCUGACCGAACAGCAAAAGGAGAUUUUAGAGAAACAGUGGGCCGAACAGAAGGAACAGUUUAUGGGUCGCCAGAAGACGAAGUUGCCGAAGUGGUUUGGCGAACGACCGGGCAAGAAGGCUGGCGAUCCCGAAACACCCGAGGGCGAAGAAGACGUGAAGGCUACGGUUGACGACGACCUCGAGGAGCCGCAAUUCGAUGAGGAAGAGGAGGAAGAGGCUGGCGAGAAAGAGGAAGGCGAAGAGGAGGAGGAGGAGGAAGAGGAAGAGGAGGAGGAAGAAGAGGAAGAGGAGGAAGAGGAGGAGGAAGAGGAGGAGGAAGAGGAGUAAAACUUUUGAUCGCUUCGGCGUCUAUACAGAUAUCAAAAAAAAAAAAAGAAAAAGAGGGAAAGAAAUAUACUUCAAAUUCGGUACACGAUCAUUCCACAAUCUCGUUUAACGUCUUUCGAAUCGUCAAACGUAAUUGGUGGAGCGCAGUGGAGUCGCGACGUUUUCUACACAUCCACUUCUGGCAAUACUUCUCGGAAACUCCCGAGUCGCCGGCUUACGUUACUUACGAUUUCUCUUUAGAAUUCGAAUAAUCAAACGAAGCUCGAGCAAUGAGAUGAGAAUAACGAAUGCUACUUUCGUAGCAGAUCGUACCACUAUCACCAGCGCUAGCUGUUUCUAAUCGUUGCGGCUGGUGCUUUUACGAUUAUACAUCAUUAUUAUAUACUAUUACUCCUACUGUAAUUACUACUGUUACUCCUACUUCUAUUAUUACGAUUAUUAUUAUGAUACUGUACAAAACACGAGUACGCAAAUUAUUAAAAUAAAACGGUUUUAUCGUUUACAAAAUC